AUGAAUGAGACACUCUCUGACCAGGAACAAGAUGAUGAGGUUGAUAUUCAGCUCGCUCUAGCAGCACUGGACGACACACCUCCUAAGGUCAGAGAUCCUACUGAGAAGGUCAAUCUCGGAACAGCAGAUGAACCUAUGGAAGUGGUCAUCAGCAGAGGGAUUGAGGUCCCUGAAGAUAAAGCAAGCGCAGUCAUCAAGGCAACUGCUCCGCGAACGAAAAAUGAAUUGCAGCGUUUGCUGGGUAAAAUCCAGCCCUUCUCUCCAUUGCUGAAGCUGCAAUGUCAGAAUGAGUUUGUAUGGGAGCCUAAACAUCAAGAGGCUUUCGAUAGAAUCAAGGCCUACCUUGCGAUCCCGCCAGUGCUUGUUCCCCCGAGAACUGGAUUUCCACUGAAGUUAUAUAUUUCAGCGGCUGAGGCUUCCAUUGGCAGCCUACUCGCCCAGGAUGAUGAGGCAGAGCACAUUGAUUUUGAGAAGGAUUCGAGGAUUGAUUGA